AUCUGUACCUCCAGAUCUCUUAUGAUACCUCCUGAUCGUUUUUCUGAAAGAUCCACGAAGGUGAAGGAUUCUGUUGAAUAUAGAUACCUCCUGAUCGUUUUUCUGAAAGAUCCACCGGGACAAGGCACGACCUCUUCUAUAAAUAUAGGUUUCUAAACCUAAAAGGAAAGGCCAAGACGUCCAUAACAAGAGCUCACCAAUUUUACAGCCGCCAAGGCAAGAUUCUACACAUAGAAGACCUUCUUCUCGGACAAGCCUAGGGGAGGCUGAUCCUGACGGUUACUAUCGACCAGAGGAAGAUAUAUGCUCCCUGCAGCACGUCUACAACUCUACUGACUGGCUGAGGCCACAAUCUCCAGCUCAUCAGAAAGGUCCAUCCAUGCUCACUGAAACACAUCGACGCUCCAUGCUCACUGCAGCAUAUCGACAGGUUUACCAUCUGUUCGGGCUAUGUGCCCUCAAGAACGGAUGACUCCAACAACCUACAGAGCUACGUGCUCCCUAGGCCAUGUGCCUCCAUUAAGGCUAUGCUCCUCCAACAGGCUAUAUGCCUCCAUCAAGCUACGCAUCCAUCUAGGCUCCGUGCCUCUACAUACAUGAACUACGAACGGCUUGAUCCCUCACUGAAGGAUACGUAGGCAAUCCCCAUUGGAGGAUGCAGCUAUAAACCCAAACACCUUUCAUGGUUCCACCCCUAGACGCUCAGGGACCGCCCCUGGUGGUCGGAACCAUCAACUACAGAUCAGGAGGCAUCCAAGGACUGACCCUGGAGUCGGGACCAUCAAUUGCAGAUCCAGAAGUCCAUGCGAUCGUCACUACAGACAGGCGGUUCCUGCCUAACAGCCGACCUUUCUUACUGCUACUAAGGCACUAACGACAUAUACCAGCCCAUACCCGUAUGGCCCUACCCUCAGAGCAGGAUCUCCUGGCUUAUCCACGACCGAAGCAGGCGAAAGUAUCACGGCGACCAGUAUCCUUCUUCCUAUCAUUCCGUAGUGCUGAGCACGAAUCACUUGUACACAAAAAUCCACUAACAUAGGCUUUCUCAUAUUGAUUACAGAACCUCAAAACCAGUCAACCGAACAACUGCCUUGUUGCAAUUUAAUUUACCUACCUUAUUGAUAAACUGUUUAAGAUCUUUUGUGUGCCUCAGCUCCUUGUAGAUUUGAUCCCUAACUACUACAACUCGGCCUCUUUUUUGAGAGAGUACAAACCACUUAGGAUAAUUUGAGUGAUAUCAACAUGUUCCCUUGAGUAAACUUGGGAAUAAAGUAUGUCCCUUCGGGGUCCUACACCGGGUCCAAGGAUCUAAUCAAGCACCACAACGCUCACUGAAGCCAACAACGUCUCUUCAGAUGGCUUCUACAUCAGCCCAAGGGACACUUCCAGGCCCGAGCCCUGCAAGAUCAUCUCCAAACAUGUCCAAUACCUACUAUAUGCCCCAGUCAAUCUAGAGGAAUCUAGGGUUCCGCCAGGUUCGAACACGGUCCAGGCCUAAGAAAAACCUGGAAAAUGGAAAAACUGGAGCAAUAUCCUGCCUAAGGAAAGCCUACUGAGAUAGAGAAACUUUGGUUAACUCAAGUGCACAGGUUAUCUACCGAAUUCGAUGACAAACUGGAGAAAUAUGGGGCAAACUGUUGGGUAAAAAUACUCUGGUAUAAGAAUUCCCCAAGCCUCGGGCAGGACACCAGCCUCCAGGUUCCUGUUAGAAAAAAGUUUUGGUUCCUACCCUUGCUUUCGUCUGCGCCUCCGGGUAAAAUGGAAUUUUUCUACUUAGGAGAUUCUUCCAUAUUUCCGAAUAUGGAUGAGUUUAGCCUACUUAAGCGACAUCUCCACGACUAAAUAAGGGGAGCCCAUACCCUAGAAUAAGGGAUAGACAUUCAGAGACUAAGAGAUUAGAGUUAGGCAGCUAGAACUAGGGUUUACACACCAACUGUUGUAGUUCCUUCUCAUUCAAUCAAUAAAACAUCUCUUUGCUCUUUAUUCUUGCUUGUUUUCCAGCUCUUCUAUUGUUCUAUAGUACUCACAAAGAUCCUACACAAAAAUACCCUAACUCUUGUCUUUCCAGCUCAAGUUUUUAUUUUUUUAUUUAUAGUCCGUGGUGACUGUUUUGCGAUUUUUUUUAGGAUGGAACUUUCAUCGACGAAGUAGUUUAUGCUGGAAAGUUUAUUUCCAGAAAUCUGCAAGGUCUCGCAUUUUUCCGAGAAAUGUGUUCUUUCAAGUAAACCGGAUUUUAACGUUCUCAUAACGUGUCUAGAGGAGUAUCUGCAUUGGCCUGAAGGUCAUGUUUUUAGAUUGUGGCCGAGAAAUGUUUUUAGCUUGUGCGAAGUUUGUUUGAACGUUUGCCGAAGAAAAGUAGUUUUGAGCCUGACGUAAACCUUUCGGUUUGUGAUCGAUGAAAUUGGACCGAGAGGUCGUGUAAGAUAUUCCCCGGGAAGAAGCGUUUUCCUUUGUGAGGACUUCGGUCUUUCAAGAUUUGUUUGUGUAAUUUUGUAAAAAAAAACAUUUUGUAUAACUCGGAGAGCUUCUUUUAAGUGAAUUGUUUUCAUAUGCCGCUUUUAUGUGCGAAAAUUUUGUGGAAUUAGGAUGCUUUAUGAAGCGUGUAGAGCUUUGAUUGAUUGACAAGUAGUUCUGAUCUGUGGAUCAUGUAUUCCGUUAACAGUUUGGUUCUUAGGAAUAAUUUUGUUAUGGAGACUUUACCGUAUGAUCUCCGUUUUAGAUUAUAUGAAAGUUGUUUGCUUAGUUAUUGUUGUGUGUUUGGACAAAUCAUAGAUUAUGGUUUUUCCGUUUGAUGUCUCUAAUAGAUUGUGUCGUAUAAGAGUUGGCUAGGCGUUAGAGCCAAAACGCGUUUUCUUAUUGCCGAAAUGUUUUUAAAAGUAUCAAGUACAUAGAAGCAAAUAUUAUAAACGUGGGAGUAUAUGAGUAUAUGUAUAUGUACCCACUCGCCUCCCUCCCCUCUUUUUGAGAGGGGAAAAGGUAAACAUGUCUUUCGACAAGUUGCUUAUGUAUCCCUUUCGAGGAUCAAGUCAUCAAGUAGUUGAUUGUGUUUCGGUGAGGGAUUAACUCAGUUGGCGAAGUUACAUCGGCUAUUUUACUCGUGUCGACUAAUCCUGGGUCGGUGGAUUUUUCCAGUGUUGAGCAAACCGAGUUGUCGAGAGCGUUGGGCUAGGAAACUUGUUUGUUCCUUUGUUUACAGCCACUUCCUUAGUUGACAAUUCUUGUUCAUCCUUUUUGAAACGUGCUCAACUAUGGGGUGAUUGAACGACGUUUUUUGUGUGUUUGUGGUUUGCCGUAGGUGAAGUCGCGUCUUUAUGCAGAUUGUGUUCGGCUAGGAAACAGAGGCGCAACUGUUUUUGGCAUUCCUAUAUCUUCUCAAUUCUGUGUGGACAUAUUUAUUUUGGAGAAUUCGCGGGUUUCUUCUAAAGAGUUUGUCACAUGUUUUUUUAUUACAAGCUUCACGGAAGCGGAAUUUUGCUGGGAGAGUAUCGAUAGAUAUCAUAACUCAUAAUAUAGAAGGAGGAAGAACAGAGGAGGUUCGAAAAGGGAGGAUAAUGUGAAAGUGGCCGGUGGAGAAAAAAAUCUGAAUUAAAAGAUUUAUUUGAAGACUCGGCUUCAGAAAAAUGGUUUUCAGUUAAGAGUAUCUUAGCUCAAGAACACUCCCAUUUUCAUAAGUAGCCUAUGAAAAUUUGAUUCCUAUAUUCUAAGAAGAGCCGGUGUUACGAAUUUAAUGACUUGAGGCGAAAAAAAAAAGUUAACAACAUUUUGGGAAGAAAAAGAAAAAAAAGUAAAUAAAAAGUUUCUGGGCCACUAGUAGCCUCCAUCUUUGGUUGUUUAACAUAUCAUGGAUUACUGAUUACCGCUAAGCAAAUAAAAACUAAUAUUAAUAUGUGGCAGAAAAUAAUUGAUAAAACAAAAGGCUGGAAGCAUUUUUUCCUUUGCUUCGACCGCACUGCUUCUAUGCUUGUAUGUUGUUGAAAAAGACGUCAUGAGUCUUCUCUCUUAAUUACCAUGAUAUGAAUGAAUGUUUUACUGUCAUUAUGAAAUUGUAGUUUUUUCAUACUUCAAGAUUUACGUAACACUCCGAACCGGCUAUGGCAAAUAGGCCUUCCACGUCCACUCACUCGGCCUAUGGAAACGGACUGUGUGUUAACUCUUUGGAGGCUGGAAAGACUUGUUCACUGAUCCUACAAUUGCCACAUAAUCUUUCUCCACACUUUGGUUUCGCUAGCAAAUAUCGUGAAUUACAACCACAUAGGUUACCCAUCUUUCUAUUAGUCCAAUUCAAGCAUUUUAAUUUCAGAAGUUCUAAAUAGAUUGGUGACCGGAAAGUUAAGUCCACUUUGGUGACAUAGGUAGGCAAAUAAAUUAUUUUUUAAGUUUUCCGUAUAUCACAAACCGGAAUGUUAAAAUUCAUCCCAUUUCAGAGAACGCAACGUCCUUGUUGCACUCUAUGAUCGUUAUCCACUUUAGUGUGAGCCCUCACAUGACUUCACACUCGUCUGGGUUUGGCUCUGGAUACGGCUAAUGGACCUCUCAUGUCCGCUCAUUCGGACCGUAGGCCCCAUUUUGUGUGACCGGUGGUGCAUUAAUUUUUCGAAAGUUAGAAAGUCUUGUUUUGCUGACCAUGCAAUCACCACAAGACCUUGACACGUGUUUUAGUCUCACUCACAUGAUACUACAAAUGAUUUUUCGGUAAGUUAACCAUCUUUUCAUUACUCCCACUCAAGCAUGCUUAACCUUGAAGUUCUAAACGGAUGUGUGACCAAACAGUUAAGUGCAUUUUAGUGAUAAAGUUAGUCAAAUCAAUUUUUUAAGCAUUUCCAUAUAAUCAAACCGGGAUAUUAUAAUUUAACACCUCUCAUAAAACGCACGUCCUCAUGGCGCCUCUAGAUCUUUACCCAUGUUAGUGUGAGCCUACAAAUGACUCCACUCUCGACUAGGUUCAGCUCAGAUAUCACUUGUAACGAUCCGGCAGCUACAGUAAUUGACCUCCCACACACGUCCACUCAGCUAGUGGAUUUUAUUCCAUGCGAAUGUGCAUUAAUUUUUCAGAGGCUGGAAAGACCUGGUUACGGUCUGAAAUCAACUCAUGACUUUCUCUGUGUUUUAAUCUCACUUACACAAUAUCACAAAUUACUUUCCGAUAAGUCAUCCAACAACGUUUAAUUCAGGAGCUUUAUAUAAACUUGUGACGGAAAAAAUAAAUACACUUAGAUGAUAUAGAUGACCAAACCAAUUAUUUUUUAAGAUUUUUCAUGUAUUACAAACCGGGAUUUUUUUUUCGACGAAAGGCUUUACAAACUGGGAUGUUACACUUUUUUUUAUUAAUCAAUCAGAGUUACAUAGUUGAGGAUAGCAUAAAUCUAUCAGCAUCUAGGAGCUGGUGUUCUUACUCAAUUUUUAAUUGUUUACAAUAAGUUCCACAAUAAUUUGUGAAUAACCAUAUCUUUUGAAAGUUUCUAUCAUUUUGAUAUUUAAUCGAAACAGAGUACCCUCGUUUUAUAUUAUGUCCCUAAAAGUCUAUAUAGCUUAAUCGCUUAUGAAAAUUCUAUUUUGUGUAGAUCAACAUCAUUUUUGAUAUUUUUAAAAAGAAAUUCAUGAAAUUUUCUAAACUUGACUUUUUCUCAGAACAGUUUCAUAUUGUUUUUGUAUAAUACUUUUGAUCUCCCAACGUUCUUGAACGGGUCCAAGUCCACUACUCCUUCCUCGCAUGUCCUUCCCCUUCCAUCUCUCUCUCUCUGUCUCAAAAUUUCUUUUAUCUCAGAGAUGCUUCGAUGGGCUCAUUUAACUGCAGGGAUUCUCUCCAUUGUCAUCCUGUCUUCACUCCUCGCGGUCUUCCUCCGCCGCUGGUGCUGUCUCCGGAGACCAGAGGACUCCACUGCCCAUAACACGUCUAGCCCCAUUCGGCGCGAUAGCUUUCAGGCUAGAAUCUCCAAACUCCACCAAACCAGCCUCAGUCACCAGUUAGAUAUAUCCGACAUGAAACGCAGAGGAAGUAUAAACAAUUCUUGCGUCUCACGUAGGGCCACGGGCGGAUUGCCAUCAAAAUCUGGUCUAUUUAUCUGGACAGACCAUCCGGCUUUGGUGACAGAAGCGGUUGAGAAUGGGUGGACAGGGUUCGGAUUCGCUGUCCAUACAUCAACUCGUUUUGUGAUUGGAGCCUCUCCGCGACCUGCUCUUCUAGGGCUUUCCACGACAGCUGGGAGCGAUGAUCCUGGUGUAGUGAUCACAUGGGAAGUUUCAAACGGUUCCGAGGAUUUCACACAGAAGAUCAAGUUUAAUCAAGUAUUUAGAGAGACAAUUAACGGGAAAACCCCAUUGAUGCUUCUCCGAGCAGCUCUACCGCUUCCCGGACCACAACUCAUAUGCUCUGCUUUUCCACAGGAGGCUUACUUUGAAAUCACACUUCUGGAGAUCAUUGGCCGCCGCGGUGUUGUUAGUGACGUAUGCAGUGACCCUGCAUUAGUGGAAGGUGAAAAAACUAUGUUGUUCAAGAGCCAAGGACCAAACCCCGUGACAAGAAAAAAAAAGGAUGGGGAAAAUGAAGAAGCCCUUUUGUCUCUAGGACUAGGGACUGGUGGUUCCGUUGAGGUCAGCGAGGCACAACUGCCCGGAAAGUUCCCCGCUUCUAUUGGAUUUCAAUCGGAUGGCGCUGUAUAUCUUGAUGGAAUGAAGUUGGUUUGUGAAUCAGAGAAAUAUGCGUGGGCGAAGGAAAAGAAGGUUGUUGGAUGUGGUUAUGACCCGAGGAAGAAGAAGGUUUACUUCACAGUCAACUCACACUUGGCUCACGUCAUUAACUGUAAAGCAGACGAAUUUGGGACACCUCUCUACCCCAUUCUAGCUUCCAAUACAGAGGCCACUAUUUUUAUUAACUUGGGGCAAUCUCCAUUUUAUUAUGGCCCGGCAAACGGGCAACGCACAACGAACCCGUGCCGUAGUGCUGUGGCCGGGCUUGAGGACAGCAAAGAAUUGUUUUCCAUUGGGAGAUUAGAUUCCCAGUAUUUAAGAAACUUCUUCAUAAACAGAGGAAACAGUGAGAUGAUUGCAAGCGGGAGGACCAUUGUGGGACAAAGCCAUAGACGUAAGUUGGACUAUGACGAAGAAUCCGAUGCUGAUCUUUUUGAAAUUGCGCUAGAAUUUUCUGGUAAACCAAAUAUUGCCAAGUUGUAGCAUUUAUACGAAGAACAUUAUCUCAUCUUGAAUUGUUUCCUUAUUGUACAAAUAAUUUAUGAAUCCAAGUUCAUUCUAUUAAUGAUCAAUUAUACACUCGUAUAAAUCAUUAUUAUCAUAUUAUCAGUACUAGAGACUUUUUCCGGGCUAUGUCCGAAUUUUUUGUAUAUAUAAAAUAAAUUUCGAUGGACUUUUUUAUAGUAUUUAAGUAUAAUAUAAUAAUUCAUUUGCCCAAAACUCCAGUCUGAGAGUAUUUUACCGAAUUGGACCACUUAUCUAAUCUUGAUUGGAGCUGUUGAAGGCUACAUAACAUGAAAUGGAUUGUUGGGAGAGGAAGACGGUUUUAUUUCCUCUGUUACGUUUUUUUCAUCAAAAAUGUUUUAGUUUUUAUAAUUUAGAAAUAGUUCACUAAUAAACUAAUUUGAAUAGUGUUUAAUUUUUGAAGUGUAUUAGUUGAAUUGGUUAUUAAGUAACUGAAAAUUGUUUUUAGUUACACUGAAAUAAUAAAAUUUAUUUAAAAUUUCAUAUACUUUAUUUUCUUUUAAUUUAAGUACGUUUUGUAAGCUAAAAGUACGUUUGUUUGUUAAAUUUUUGUCUUAAAAUUUUGAUUAUUUAAGUUUAGUUAAAAAUUUUCUUUGUUGUGUAUUUUUAUAUAUUCAUGUAAUGGUAUUGGGGAAGGUAAAUAUGAUUUCACAUAUUAGUUCAAACUCCAGUUUUACAUUUUUAAUGUUCUUAGACUAUGAAUUUCUAUGGGAUAUGUAAGUUACAAUUAAUUAGCAGGAUAUUAGUGAUUGAUAUAAUAUCUUUGUGAUUCCAUUAUAUGUAUAUUUUAUCUUUUUAUAUAUAUUUUUUUUAGUUUUUGGCUUAUAUUUGGAAUAAUAAGAGUAUAAUUCCAUACUUCUAAUUUUAUUUGGCUAAGUUAGGCCUCUGUUGUUGAGUUGCUUGUGACAUAGGGUCACUUCAAGUUUUUAAUUGGCCAAGUGGGUCGCUGCAAGUUUUUAUUGUCGAAACGGACCGCUAGGGGGGAGAGAAAUAAAUCGGUGACGAAUUUGGCCUUAUGACCCGUCAUGUUAUGGGCCGUGACCCAUGAAACUCUUGAAAGUGACCCACACCAAAAGACCCUAAGACUUAGCGACCCAAGCGGCCCAGAAGUUUUCGCACGUGUGAGGUCGAGAUUUUUUUUUUUUUUUUGGCUGAUCGGUAACAAAGGUUAAAGGUAAUAUUAACCUUUCCUUUUCCCGCCGUUUACUGUUUUCUGAUAUUUGUGGUAAUAUUAAUUAUACUAAUAUGUUAUAAAACGCUAACUGGGUAAUGGUGAGAAGCAGCUAAGAACUGGUGUACAACUAAAAGAAACAACCCUACGAUAAGAAGAUAUUCCCAUCCUCUGAGGCCGUCGAUGCUUAUCCACCGUAACUGAAAAGGAUGGAAACAAUUAGCAGUGGUCGGAACGUCGGGUCAAGUAGUGGUGGCACAGGCAGUAAGGAAAUCAGGACCAACACCGGCGAAGGUACAGAGUUUGAGCUCUAAGUUUCUGUAUUUGUUUUUACAAUUGUGUGCUUCCUCUAUUUGGCAAAUGACCCUAACGGGUGCUCAUGCUUGGACCGUAGGUCUGUGUAAUUCUUGCAUUGUGGUUAUGGCUGGGAGGUGGAUAAUGUUUGACAAUGGAGCUUGGGAUUUCAAGAUAGACAAUGAUAGAAUGGGUAGAGCAGUCGAUUCGUCCAGAAUUAGAGGUGCUGAGGAGUUAAAAACGUGUAUUCUAGCAGCGUAUGGGCUUUUGGGAAGGGAAGUGUCAGCCGAGAUGUCGUAUUGGCUAAAUGAUGGAGAGAGUGAAAUGGUGGGCCUAGUGGCUUCUCCCGUCGAGAUAGCAACAGACAAAGAUUUCAGGAUUUUCAAGGCCCUUCACCGGACAGACAAAUCCGUCAAUCUCUUCAUAACAUUAAGAGAAAGUGUUGGAGGAGAAAUGAUAUUUCUAAGGUCGGAAUGAGUAAUACGGGUCCAAAUGAAUGCACCCGUUCGACCUCCUGAUGAAGAUGUUGCUUUUUUGAUGGAAGUUCAGCAAAUCGAAGAACGCUACAAACGCAACUCUCAGUCUGGCGGCAUGGUUGCGACGUCAAAGGGCCAAGACAAAAGCGGAGAAACUCUUGACGACGGGAGUGGGGCUAAUUCAGAGAAUUGCGAGCAAGAAAAGGGGAAUGUUUAUGGAGAUGACUUGGCAGUGGAUAAUAGAGAGAAUAAGGAAGAAAAAGUCGAAGAAGGAGACGCAGUAAAAACGGCGUCAGAUAAUCUGCCUCAACAAAUCUGUCUCAUAGAAGAUACGAGAAUGCUAAGUGUUGAACAGGUUUCAGUGGAGAAUGGAAAUAAUGGAGGAGCUCACGAAAAUGUUUCUGCAGAAGAUGAAGGCGAUGAUAGCGAUUACGACUACAAUGACUGGCAUGAUUAUUGUAGAAACGAUUGCGUGACGGACGACGACGACGAUUUUGUAGAAGGUCCAGGCAAAGGAAGAAGUGGUGGACAGUCUGGUGGUAAGGGUAUUCGGCGUCCUGGCGGUAUUGGUGGAACAGGGGCUGCAAAAUUGGCGUGUGGUAAGAAGCAACGAUCACGUGGAGGUGGAUAUAUAUCCAAAAAUAACGAUUCUUCUGUGGAAAUCACCGAUCUAGCAAGAGAUCUUGGAUCACCCUCCAGAUUGGACACAUAAGUAACAGAGACCGAGGUAGGUGUUGAUGUUGUUCUUGUGACGCCCCCUCAAUCUAAAAACAAACACACCCGGGUGACUGAAGAUAAUGAUGAUGAUACUGUUGUUGACACUCCUAUUCCCCAGCCGGCCGCAUUUCAGGGUGAAGAAGUAUUGACGAAAGCCGGAGAUAAUGUGAGUGGUACUUCUACAGACGUUGGUUGUGCGCCCAAUCAAGCAACAGAGGCCGUUGAAAGUGGUGACAUAUGUCUCGAAACUCCCCCAAAAAAUAUAACGCGCACAACCGUGAGCUCGAAGAUAAGGACAAUGUUGAUCCUCCUGUCACCGCAACUAGACAAGUUCAGGAUGGAGAAGCAUUCAUGAAAGGCAUACAAGUACCAGAAAUGUAUGGAUAUAAUGAUGUAGAUGGUGUGUAUAAUGAAAUGGAUGGAAGCAGCUGCAACCCUCUUGACAUUGACUUCAGCAAGGAGGACUCUGACAUAUACGUGGGAAGGACAUUCAAAAACAAAGGGGAGUGCAAGUUGACGUUGGCUAUCUACGCAAUUGCGAAGGUGAGCACGUUUAAGCUCAGAAAUUGCAAACGCCGACUCACGGCGAAAUGCUACGAAAAAGAAUGCAACUGGAGAGUAGUGGCUGUUCAACUCGGUGAUUCUCCAACUUAUCUGGUUAAAAAGGCAAUUCUGAAUCAUGUAUGCGUAGCCGACGUUAGAGGGAAGUAUAAAAAACAUGGUACAGCCAAAGUGCUUGCAGCUCUAUUGCGUUCGAAAUAAGAGAGGCUCUACUCUGGGCCGCGUGCUAUGGAACUUCCGGAAAUGUUGCGAACGGAAUUCAACUAUACAUGCUCAUACUGGAAAGCUUGGAAAGCGAAAGAACUAGCGAUUGCAUUUGCGCAAGGAACAGAGGAGGAUUCAUACAAGAUGCUACCACAGUACUUCCAUGUACUCAAGCUAGCAAAUCCUGGAACAAUCACCGAUAUUAAAACCGAAAAAGACAAAGAAGGAAAAACAAGGUUUAAGUAUGCGUUCAUGUCCCUGAAAGCAUGCAUCGAUGGAUGGAAGUACCUGAGGAAGGUGCUAGUGGUGGACGGCACCCACAUGUUUGGAAAGUACAAAGGUGUUUUGCUAAGUGCCAGCGGACAAGAUGCUAACAGCCGCGUAUUCCCGAUUGCUUUCGCAGUAGUGGAAAGCGAGAACACCGAAUCUUGGACAUGGUUUUUCGAGAGGUUAUCCACUAUUGUAGAGGAUGGUUCUGAUUUAAGUAUAAUAUCAGACAGAUGCGCAGCAAUUUUCGCAGCGAAAGAUAAAUGGUACCCACGUGCACACCAUGGUAUUUGUCUCGUACACCUCCAGCGUAACGUUCAGGAUAAGUAUAAGGGGCUGCAACAGAAAGCAAUGGUAGGCAGAGCUGGGGAAGCGUUCAGAGUUUCAGAGUUUAAGGAGAUAAUGGAGCUUAUUAAACUGACGGAUUGGAGAUGCUGGGAUUAUUUGGAGAAGAUCGACAAGAAGCUAUGGACACGUUCACAUUUCGAAGGGGAGAGAUUUAACGUGAUGACUUCUAACGCUGCUGAAUCAUUGAAUAAUGCUCUUCUGUCCGCUCAUGAUAGUCCUAUAAUGGCAUUGUUCGAGUUUAUUCGCCGAAAGCUGUGUACAUGGUAUGUGAGCAGACGCAGCGAGAUCAGUAAGAUGAAGGGAAAUGUUCCAGAUAAUAUUCAAAAGAUACUGGUCGAACAGCUGGUGCUGUCAACGGGCCUUCUAGUUAUGCCAUGUUCGACUUGGUUAUUCGAAGUUACGCACAGGCCAACUAAUUUUGGUUCACGGUUGAUCUGGAUAAACGAACUUGCACUUGCCUCGAAUUCCAAAAGCUUGGUUUGCCAUGCCGACAUGCCAUUGCUGCUGCUUCUUACCGUAAUAUGCAGUACAGCAUGUUUGUUUGCAAACACCAUCUCAAAGAGACAUGGGCUGAAACAGUUAGGGGUAUCAUACUUCCGGUUCCGGAUCCAAAGGAUGUUGAAGUGCCAGCCGAAAUACUAACUGUUGAUCUUUAUCCACCAACGACCAAACGAACGAAGGGAAGACCAGGAAUCAAACGUAAAUUGUCCCCAGGAGAGAUACCGGUAAGACUGUUGUGUUGACUUUGAACAAUAUUUCAAUAACGUAUAGUAAAUUCUCCAAUUAUAGCAACUUUAUUGUUUACAUCAGGGGGGGGGAGCAAAAAGCAUAAGCCGAACAAGUGCUCAAAUUGUUUUAAGGAAGGUCACAAGAAGACCACUUGCAAGGAAGUUAAGCCCUGAAUAGAGGAUGUAGAAAGUCUGUAUUUUGAUAAAAACGACCAACCUCAUUUUGGAAUGUAUUUUAUUGUAGAACACCGAUGAACCUGUGUUUGUUUGGAUAUGGUGUACGAAACUAGUGUUGAGGUGUACGGGCUUUUCGUACUAAAUAUAUUAUGGUUGUAGCACAUAUUUGUUUUACACCUAUAGUUGAUCAAUAGAUGCAUAACAUUAAUAACAAAAGUAGAUAUUAUAUCCGAAUAAAGUAACAACACAGAGGAAAAAAAAAGUACUUAGUGUACUAGCCGAAAACAGAACUUGGAGUAGCAUAGAGUUUGUCAAAAAACUGCAGACAGAAACCGAAGCUAUUACAUGUAAUUAUAGUUAUCAAUCAUCAGAAUGGAUACGACCUCUUCUCCCCCUACGUAGUGAAAGAUCCGCCUCGAGUCCGCUAACAUUUUGAGGCUGACCAAUUAGGGGUUCAUCACCUGGAAGAGCCAAAAUGUCCCUCUGAAGAUUGAGAGUCUGAUAGAUCAAGUUGGAGAGAAUAAUUUUCUUGUCGGCAUCAGACUGAUGAGACAUUUCGAUGAUCUGGUCAUAAGCCAAUCGACCAAAGUUUAUAUCGGCUUGUUUCUUACAAACGCGAAGAGAAAACGAAGACGCUUUUUUAGCAUUGCAUCUACAUGGAAUCCAGGUUGCCAGUUUAACUCACACAGUUUGUAGAGGCAAAGAUACUGUGGGAGGAGCUCUGUUAGGGAGAAUGGCUCCCAGUGAGUACAGCGACCACCGGUGAGGAACGUAAUUGCCUGCGACAGAUCAUCAUCCUCCCAUGUGUGAGGUUGUUCCACAAUUAGAGUCAUAAAUAGUUGAUUAAUCACAACGGGGUCGAAAUCGAAACGGCAUCCCCUGAUAUAAACGCCCGCGUCCGAACCGUAUAGGUUAGAGAUGCAUUCUCUAACCACCCUUGGAUAGAAAGGCCGCACAUGCAAUACAGUGUACAUCCACCCAACAUUUUCUACUAUUGAGCGAGCCUCAGCAAAUCCUGGAUCAUCUAACACUAACUUCCCUGGACUAAAAACCCUCGUAUGCAAAGUUGUUGAUACUUACGGAAGCUUACUUCAGUUAAAUGACGAUUAGACCAUGGGUUUGGCACCGGUGUGCCGGCGGUAAAGUACCCCGACUGGCUUGUAGCCGCGCUUCAAAUGUCAUAAAACGAGGUUCUUCCUCGGCCGGCUCAGGUGAGGAACUUGAGCGGUCAUCUGAACUUGUGGUGUUGUAUUCACGACUGCGGAGAUGGGUGGAGGCAGAUGACGAAGUCGACAUUUUUAGGGUUUCAAUUUUUUUUUCUGAAAUUGGAUCUAGAAGAUGAGUACGAAGGAGAAACAAAUACAGUUUCCGAGAGCAGAUAGUGUAUUUCAAACAGAGCAACCGUCAAGUCGGUCUGUCUUCCUCAUUAAUGAAAAAGGUUGAUGAAGGGACCACCAACGCAACGAAAACAUAAUCUUUGGGCCAUACGUGUUUAAAUCCCAAAUUAAGUUAGGCCCAAAACUAAAUCCAGCAACCGGGGUUGAUUUAAGCACCGUUGUACAAUGAUAAAUUGAAAGCAAGAUUUUUAGCGUAUAUAAUGAUUAAAUGUAUUUUCAUUGGAAAUAUGCCGUUGUAACUAAAUUGUAAAAGUCAAUAUAGCCGUUGUUAGUCAUUUUAAACGAAUAUAGCCGUUGUAUAUGGGUUGGAAAAGAUUAUAACGGUUAGAAUUAAUUCCUAUUUAAGGAGCUGUGCCUCCCUCGCACUCUACUCGCAACACAUUGAAAUUUUUUUAAAAUCCACCAACUAAGUGACCGAUUGGUAAAUGACGGAUAUGGCGGAUCCUUACUAUGUGGAGAUGAAGCAGCACAAACGGGAUGCUGACUGGCUCUUUGCUUGCAUGUAUGCCAACUACUGCAUUCCUAAGAAAUGUACGUGCGGUGGUGCUAUAACGGUCGAAACUGACGAGAGAGGUAGAAACUACUAUGUAUGCAAGGUUUUUGAGGUUAGAAUGGUUGUUACGCUAAUCAAUAGUUCAAAUUUUUUUUAACUUCCGUCAAUUACAUAAAUAUUAUUUUCCUUCUAGGAUGAUGGUUUGCACAUCCGACAUAUCUGCCUUGACGCAAUCGAGGAAGAGUUUGAUGUGUAAAUUUCGCGAGGAGGUCUCGCUCCACCGUAAGCUGCAAUUUGAAGUUGAGGAAAUGCGUAAGGAUAUCCAAGAGCUUAAGAAUUUACUGAUGAGGGGUCGCUGAUCGAAUCUUAUCUUCAAUUUAAAAUUUGUGCCGUGUUUGAUGUAAUGUUAUUUAAUAUCUUUUGUAAUGUAUGUGGGGUCGUUUAUCGGAACAAUUGUGUCAUUUAUGGUGGGUCUUUUUUGAAUAAUAGCUUCAGUUGUAUAACACGAAACGGUGCCUAACUAUGUUUAACUUAUUUCCCACAAACAUAUAAAUAUAACGAAUGGUUCGGUUGUUUAUGAACACACAACCUUAAAAUGAAGCAAGGAGAUUCUACAGUUAGAGAAUACAAUACAUUGUUCCUAAAAUCUGGACUCCUUGAAAUACACCAACAGGAGACCUUGGUAAGGAUGUAUCGAGAUGGUUUAUGCGAGGAGAUACGGGCAGAGCUUGGGUUUCACGUGUUCUCAACCAUUGACGACAUAAUGCAGGCAGCUUUAGAUGUUGAAGAGGGUGAUGAAUCUGAUGAAUCAGGGAACCGGUCGAAGGAGAAAUCCCGAAGCGGAGAAUGUGAGACGUCGGGUGAUACCGAUGGCUCUACAACCGAAUCUGACGAAUCGGGGAACCGGCCGAAAAAGAAAGCCCAAACCGGAGAAGAUUUCCUUCAGAACUUAGACGGAGAGGAAGAAGAUCCCGGCCAGGCGGAUGACAAUGAUGCUUUUUACGACAAUGACGGGUCUGUUCCGCAGGGGGUCGGAGAGAGCGAUGAGAAAUCCGAUAGUAAGGUUGAUCUUGAAGACUAUAAGGAGUACCUUGAGGAACAUCACAUGAGCGAGUCCGAGUCAAGUCGAGAACCCAAGUGACCAGAAAUAUGGCAAUAGAUUUAUAUGUAUUAGAUUUAUAUCAACUUAAUUUAUGUAUUAGAUUUAUAUGUGUGCUACAAUAUAUUCUACACUUUAACAACAAAAAAAUGUACACCUUUGAUAAUAUUAACUAAAUUUAUGUAUUACAUAUUACCGAGAUGGGUAUACCUGCAUAGAUUUUAAAAGCAAUCAUAAUUAACUAUAGAUUUUAAAAGCAAUCAUAAUUAACCAUAUUACCGAGAUGGGUAUACCUGCAUAGAUUUCAAUCAUAAACCCGUACACCUGCCGCUUAUAUCCUUACAUACCGUACCUCUAUCUAAAUUAACCAUAUACUGAAAUAAAUAUAAUAUAUAAACACAAAUAAAUAGUGUCUGCAAUUUAGCUACACAAUGAAUUGUACACCGUUUAGAAUAAGUUGUACAUUUUAAUUAUUUAAAGAAUGUUGUAUACAUGGAUAGACUUUAAUACAAAAGUCAAUCGGAAACACAGUUUUAGUCCACAAUAAUGUAUCUGUACUCUUUCUGUUGUAAGACCGACGCAUCAUUCGGCCCAAUGUAACUGGUAUUGAAGAAUGAAAGUUGGUGUAAACAAUUGUUAUACCCGUUAAACGGUUAAUUGUCCUCAUACCCGUUAGACGGUUAAGUAUUUUUAUCUUGCAUCAUUUCGUUUCAUCCCUAUGAUACUCCUUCGCUAGUCACAUCAUUUCAUCUCUGUUUGUUAUGUAAACCUCGAUUAUAAAUAGGGUUGACCCUAUUCGAUUUUUGGAAGCGGUGACACAUUCUAGUCGGAAUGAUAAACAGAAAUCUCCUAAAAAUAGAACAAUUCCCUAUACUCAGCCUCCCGACAGAGGUCCAGGGGUUAGUCGUUAAACGGGUGGCACAUAACUCCUUCGAAGAUCUUUUCAGACUCCGCGCUACUUGCAAGGCUAUGCGUUCGUUGGCAGACGAUGAAGACGUUUAUGCUUCGUUCGAUUUGUUUAAAUACCCGUGGAGGCUCCGCGGGUUUAGGCUCCGUUACCUAUUGAGAAGAUGCUAUGCCCAGGGAAACCCAAGUACACUUUACAUCAAGGGCGUUGAGUAUUUUUAAAGGUGAAAUAUGUACGUUGAGGGUCUUGAUUUGAUGAAGAGAGCAGCCGAUGCUGGAUUCGAGCGAGCCUCGUAUACCUACGCCAUGACAAGAAAAUUAUGGGAUGAUGAUGGCGAUCACUUCGGGGGAUUUUCAAGAGACUACGUCGCUAAGAUCGGACUACUGGUAAGAUCCUCGGCUGGAUUGUGGAAUUGAGACCAUAACGACUACUUCCACAUAAGGAGGCACGUCUUUAUAUCAACAGUCGCACCGAUAUUUUUCAGCUGUCCUUGUUCUCCUCUAUUGGACGGACAUUGGGCAUUAUGGGACAUCGACAAUAGGAAGGCUGAAGACAUGUGUAACCGGUGCUUCUGGAUAAAAGAGGUUGGUCUUUUUCUACGUGACUUCAAGGCAUCCACCGGUCAUCCAAACUUUAAAACGUGGCGUUAAGACUUGUUGGAUGGUGGUAAUCUUCGUGCACACUACUUUAUCCUACGUACACCGUUGUUAAAUUGUUGCACACCAACUAAUAUUUCUAAUCUUUCGAAGAGAAUACUAUUAUGUCAAUUGAAACGUAGGAUACUAUUAUGUCAAUUGAAACGUUGGAUACUAAUACGUCAAUAAAAAAUCUUGCACACCAUAUAUAAAAGUUGCACACCAUAUGUCAGCCGGAAUAGAUAAUACAAAAUAAAUGCAACAAGAUAUUAUAUUAAAGUUUUUCAAUAAUUUCCUUGAGUAAUGCAAUCUCCUCAGCGUUUUUCUUCAAGACUUUCUCCAUCUCGUGGAUCUGAUAACCAAGGUGUGCAAUCUCACCGUCGUUUUUUGGGCAUCUUGGUCAAUUCGAUCGAUCCGAUAUUCAACACGACCUAAGCUACGUAUCCUGGAUUCGUGGUCGUCAACUGUUUUCUUCAAACGUCGGGUUUCGUCUUCGAUUGCGGCGGUCCAUUCUUGCUGCAACCCGUCAUUCUACAAAUAGGAUUACAACUUACCUUUAAAUAUUUGGAAGCAAAGCCAACAAUUACAUAAAAGAUUACAACUCACCUUGAAAUCUUUGCAUACAAAGUAUUUCUUCGGAAUGGCUGCCGCUUCUGUAGUGAUCUGAAUGAUAAUUGCGCUUCCGCAAGGACAACGAUCCGGGACUCCAAAGUUGGAGUCGUUCACAGAGUAAAGCAUGUCCACAUACGAGGCACCAUCCGAGCUGCUGGAAGUCGACAUCGAGGGAAUUUUGCUGGUAAAGGAGAAAGGGAGAUGUUAUUAGGUCGAUGUUGGAGAAAGGAGAAAGGGAGAUGUUAUUAGGUCGAAGUUGGAGAAAGUGCUCGUCACUGUGCAUCUUAUUUCAAAAUUUAAAUUAAAGUAAAUUGAAAUAUCGGUCCGGGUUGCCAAAAAAUCCGGCCCAUUCGAAACCCAAAACCCGACCCAUUUACAUUUCUUCCCAAAAUUCUUUUCUCCAAUUCGAUUUCAGUCCUUUUUUGGUGUUCAUUAAUUUUCUCCAACUGGGAAGAGAUAUGGAAUUCGGUGGCAGAUCGAGCUAUAAGGGAAAAGGAAAGGGAAAGGGAAAGGGUAAUGAAACCGAUGCGCGUUGUUUCUGUGCGUUGCCGGCGAAGAAAUGUAAAUCUUGGACAGACAAAAAUCCUGGUCGAAGGUUCUACGGGUGUGAACGCUGGAAGGUAGAAUAGUAGUAUUGUGUUGUUAUUUAUGGAAAGGAUUUUCAUUUCGUUUAUCUUGUAGACUCCACUUGAUUGUGGGUGUUUCCAAUGGAUCGAUGAGAAAGAACCUUUCAGAUGGCAAAAGCAAGCUCUGAUUGAAGCUAGAGACAAAAUUUCAGAAAAAAGGCGGACUAUCAUGGAAUUGAAGAAGACCAUCUCGCACCUCCAGAGUGAUUUGGGCAAAAAUGCAGAAAUAGAAGAAGACAUCAUUAACGGGUUUCUAAAUAUGUGAAGAGAUGUUUAAUUUGUCCUGCAAGCUUGUAUUUUGGUAUCUCAACAUCUGCUGUAAACGUGUUGCACUUUUGUAAUGUUGGUUACGAAGACAACUAAUGUGUUAUAACCUAUGAAUUAGUUAUUUAAAUUUGCAAAGGUAUUGUUCUAACAGAAAUUAUAUGUAGUAUUGGGAUCGAGGAACUACAUUUGGGAGGAAAUGGCAGAUGUUAAAACAUAAAUGACAUAGGAGAAAUGUUGACGCAAAUCCAAAAUAGCCUGCAGUUUUUGCAAACACCUUCUAAGUUGUCUGCGUAAUCAUGGCCAUACACGCACCUGGGUGUCUUGAUUAAGCCAUCAUCCGGGAACUUGAAAGAUUCCCCAUAUUUGUUGCAGUUCAGGUCUUCCGCUCCAAAGGCUUUCAAUUGGUUCUCUAUGGAUUCUCCCAUUUCAGAAGUUUCAUCCGAUCGAAGGUCAUGGUGAUAUGCUGCGAACAGCUGAAACACUUUGCUCGCUUCCUUGUCGUUGCCAAGACAAACAUUGAAUAUGGCGACAGCUAGGGUUGACAAUCCAUGCAUUGGGACAUUUGGUUCCAAUAUUGUAAUACUCUCCUCAAGUCCUAUGCUCUGUGCUGUAAGGAGACCUUCAUAGUAGAUUGCCUUUUUGUUGCCAGCACUGACACACUUGAGAUGAAACUCCCGGAACUGACAACCUUGGCGUAUUUGACAUGUGUCGAACCUGUCCUCCAUUUCACUAACAUCGCACUCCUUCAAGACUGAGGGCUCGUGUGCGAGGGCGUAACCGCGUUUUCCAGCCCGCAGAAAAGGGCCAAGAUUGUAAAAUGAUUCCUCUCCGACAAGCUUAAUGAUUUUGCACACAAUUUCGUGGGGAAGAUUUGGGAGUACGUGAGCUUCCAUACUAUUGGGGUCACUUGUUGGAGUUUUUUUGUGGUCUGUUUUAUGGUAGGUAUGAGAGGGAUUAUAGAAAUUUAAUAGACAUGUUUGUAGAGAAAACGUGUGAGGUUAAUACCAGAAUUUAUUGUCCCACCCACAUUUGAAACCUAACACUGUCAAAUCAUGUUUUAAAACGGCCAUAAUGUACUUGUAAACAAUUAAAAAAUCCAUUAUUUCGUUUGUCUCGGUAUAGGGUCAAUGCGUCUCCUCGCUAUAAUGACUUAUACGGGCGUGACCAUCGUAAAUAGACAACCCUUCGUUUGCCUCCGUCCACUCACUAUAAUUACUGAAUUUUGGACAUCAUUUGCACAACGCUGAAAACACAAUCUUGCUAUAAUGGCAGAGACCACUUUUCUAGAUCUCCCUUCAGAUAUCCAACAAUUGAUUGUCUCCUGCGUCGCAAAAAAAUUCCUUUCAAGAUCUGUAUAGACUCAGAUCUACUUGUAAGUCAAUGCGUGCGCUGGCAGACACGCCUGACGUCUAUUCUUCGUUUGAUCUGUAUAAAUACCCUUGGUGGACAGGCUUGCGUGAUACGUUGUUGAGAAGAUGCUACGAUGUCGGAAACCCAAGUACUCUUUACAUCAAGGGUGUUGAGUAUUUCUACGCCCUACAACGCCACGAAGAAGGUCUUGCUUUGAUAAAGAGAGCAGCGGAUGCUGGAUACGAACGAGCGUUGUAUACCUAUGCAAUGACUCGCAAACUCUACUGGGAGGAUGAGGAAUGCUUCGCUAGUUUUACGAGAGAAGCAGUUGGUACAAUUGGAUGGCUUGUUAGAAUGGAUGAUGUUCCGUGGGUGCCGGUCGUUAACGAGGGGUUCUUAACAAAGAAGUUCGUGUUCAUGUCAACAGAUCGACCCUUGUUUUAUAAUUACCCAUGUGCACCUACGUUGGAUUUCGAUUGGGAUCUCUGGCAGAUGGACUUAAGCAAGACUAAAGACAUGUGUAACCGAUGCUUCUGGAUCAAAGAAGUUGGUCUUUUCCUCCGGGAUUUUCGUUGCGCCAUGAGUUUUCCGGCCUUCGACACUUGACAGUAAUUAUUAUUUGUUGUAAUGCAUUACCACAUUAAGCAUUGUUCUAAUUCCGUUGUCGAGAAUAACAUUUGCUGUCAUUUUGGAAAGUGACGUAUACCUUCAAAGCUAAGGAGACAAACUCCAACAUCGGUCUAUCAUUUCUUUACUUAUACAAUUAUCAUUAAAAGAUAAGACUCGAUGUACAAUAUUACAACAACGGUGUACAAGAUUUAAAAACCAAACAAUGCGUUUUACAUAAUAUAAUACAAAAAACGUUACAAGGUCUAAGAAAGUCAAUACAUAUGGUUGGUGUGAAAUGUAAGACUUGGUGUGCAUCAUUACGACAAUGGUGUACGAUGUUUAAAGACCAAACAAAACGUUUCAUUUUAUAUUGUACACUAAACGUUACAAGGUCUACCACCGACAAUACAUGUAGUUCAUUUUGUUCAAUGAUGUGACUUUAUAUAAUACAAUCAAACAUCACGAAAAAUUCUAAUUAUAACACAAUAACAUUCGCAAUCAUUUUGUUCAAUGAUGUAUACCUUCGAAAGUAAGAAGACAAAAUCUAAUACUGGUCUAUACAGUCUUUACAUAAACCAUUACCAUGAACAGCUAUGACUUGGUGUGCAACAUUACAACAACGGUUUACGAGGUUUAAAAACCAAACAAAACGUUUCACGUAGUUACAACAACAUUACAACAACGGUGUACGAGGUUACAAGGUCUACCAAAGUCAAUACAUGUAGUUGGUGUGCAGCGUUUUAACUCAGGUGUACAUAUCUACAAAUACCAAAGUCAAUACCGUCAAACUUUUUGUUUCUCGAGGAUCAUAAACGCAUAAACACACAAACACACCAUAAAUAUACCAUUAAGUUCCAUUCGGUUCACACAAACAUAAGUACCAUUGGGUUCGAACAGCAUUCUGACAAAGAAAACAACUUCAAGUUUACUCAUUGUUUACUUUAGCAUCGCCCACGAAUUCUUCAUAGCAGUCCAUUGCAUACUGCUCUCGAAAUCUGUCAACUUCUUUGUCGGUAAUCCGACUCAUUUCCUCCGUUAAGCCGGCAGCAUGCAUCUCUAUGAACUUGGCAGCACAUGGCCUACAGUCGCCACCCCUUUUGUUGUGAUAAAUACCUUCUGCCGGCUCCAAGAGUAAAUUCGAAGACCUUCCUUCACCUUAUAGCAUUUAUGCCCCGCAUAUUUUUCUAAUAUAUAAGGCAACGACUGUAAAACCGAACACAUAUGUCCUUCCGCAACCUCGAUCUCAGUAUGAGGAACAUAGGAAUCAAAUACCGUCACAUGACCUUCAUUCAGUUUAAUGCAAAGACCAACCCAGUGAUCUCCACCCCAAUUCAUCGGGGUGUACACGGUGUCGACAUCGCGGCCAAGUCCCAACUUCAUUUUCUGCCCCUUGCUCUUUCCUAUCACGUACUGUGCUACGUUUUUCCCCCAUUCGAACUGCAGCUUAUCAUUGUCUGCGCUAAAGGCACUCCAGAUUGACUGAAUGGUUUUUAUAAAGUACUGAUCCAAGAUCACCAUCCUCUCCUUCAGUAGAUAAAUCCCGCGACGCCUCCACAACAUAUUCAUUAUCACAUGUAUGUGCUGUCCCAAAAAAAUAUGUAACAAAUAUUAGUUACAUAAGGUGACUGUCAAAGGUAUAAUGUGACGACGAUGCAGAGCUUAAUAGUACCUCGUCAGACAUCCAUUUCCCCGGUUCAGCAAUUUCAAGGAAGAAGCGAUUACACACAGAGUGACCGGUAGCGAUAUCCCACAUCCUGCAAAUUUCACCAACAAUCAGGAACUUAUGCGCGAGUGUAUGUAUAUAACCUAAAAAAGAGUUAGAAACUUACUGCACGGGAUUUUUCCUCAAAAUUUCGGCAAACUUCUUAAACUGUGCUCGAUUCGUUUUGGCAAUGGGCUUAUACUCAACCUUCUCCUCGCUCUUAAACAACUUUUUCACCCUUGGGUCAGGGGUGUACACUCCAUAAAUCUUGCUGGAUCUCAUGCGAUGCCGUUUACCACCACUGCCCACAUCUUCAGAGUCCGCAUCCGUUUCAGCACACAGAUCACGUCGGUUCUCUUGUAUCUGGCUAUCAGUGGACAUGUCGUCUUUACAACUGUCAUAUCUCUCUUCGUCCUCCGUUCCCUGUAAUUCAGCGUUGAUCUCUUUAACACUUGCCUCAACACCCGCCUUGGGAGGAGCAACUUUUCCAACCGCCUCCACAGGCUUUGGAAACUCCAUAUUUGAUGUUUCAACGGAGUCAACAGAUUGGGGCUGUUUGUCUGGCGUCCUCGCUUCUUCACCACCGUCAGGAUCCUCCUCAACGAACUCACCACCGUUGUCGGCACCCGUUUUCUAGAUGGAGUCAGUAACCUAUGUCAACAGGUGUACACCAAAAAUAAAAUGUGGAUGUGUACACCAAUAAUAAAAUGCACAUCACCUGCGCAAAGUCAAUCCCGGCCGGUGGUGUCAUGCGGGCAGCCACCGACUCGUUUUCUUUUGGCUGUGCACCCUCCCCACCCCUCGGUGCCCUUAUUUCCUGAAAUUUCAAAUCAGUUAAUUACGCUCUCUGAGAAUUGUCGAACAACAACAGACCUAAACCAUUGCCUAAGAUAUAACUACCUCGCCCGUCCCCGGGAUUUCAGAGUUGAUCUCCUUAACAAGUGCCUCAACAAACCUCAUAGGAGCAGAGACUUGUUCAAGCCUCUCUCCAUCAUUCUGAUUUGAUGUUUGACCGGACUCAUAGCCCACCGGUGGAGCACCUCCCCAUUUUUGAAGGCCCUCCCCACCUUUUGGAGCACUUCUUUCCUGCAUCAAAUCCGUUAAUAACGCACUUCAAGUAAUGUACAACAAUAACAGACCAAACUUAAUGUGACAGAUAUAACUACUGUCUAUGAUAUAAUCAGUAGCGGACACGUUUCAAUUCCGGUGGAUGCAACCUUAGAUUUCGAGGAGGGGUUUCCAUCCCAUGAAGGAUGAAAGGAGCUUACACUACCAACCGAACUGUAACAGUUCGGCUUUGUUUUCUCCCAUGCGACUAGGGAGCUUUGCUCAUACCGGUACGUUGGGUUUCUUUUCUGCCAUGCCCCCGGGGAGGUUACCACAUGCUGGAAGGUAGAAGGAAUCCGCAAAUAUUCACAACUAUUGUUAUUACCACUACUUAGCCAAACACUACACAACUAAUUAAGAUGCAAACGAACCUCUGCUGGUAACACAUAGGACUCAGGCUCAACAUCUAAUACAUCUCCAAACAGGACGAGGGCAUUCGAUUGUGUUUCUUGCUGCUGACCAUCCCCCCAGCGCUGGGUUAGAAGUCUAAGCAAUAACACAACAAUAAAACUAUCUAUCACAUUACCUGAUCGCCUUUGUUUCCGCCGGAUGGUGGAAAACGAGCAUUGUCAGACUCGUUUUCUUUUGCAUGAUCAUCAUCAUUCUGGUGACCACUAUCUCUCUCUGAUGAGGGUGGGUUGUUUCUUCUCACUUCCUGGAAAACGGCAAAGGUGUCAGGCCAGUAAAUGACCACGAAUUUGUAUAUUAUGCGAAAAAAUAACUUCGGCGUACAACCUUUGUCACCUCCUUUCCACCUCCAGAUCGACGCCGAGGCAACAUUUUUUUCACAACAAGCCGAGUGCCAACCGUUUUCCUUUUUUUCCCCUUCCUGUUUUUCCCCUCGGUUUCACUCACAAUACUAUCAUCAGGAGACGGAGUGCGACGCACCUGCGGAUCAUCGAUCGCUUUCCUCUUCCUAGCGUUGCGUUUGCUCCCCUCGGGCAGACCAAAACUCUUGCAAAUCAGUGUCCGCAACUCUUCAAUAUUGUUCUCCAUCCCCUCAAACCGCUGGGAUAUCCAAUGUUUUAAAUUUUCAUGCGUACACCUCUCUGAGCAUUGACGAUUCCCUUCUCCGCUGUUUCCAGAAGAAGAAAUCUCUUGAACUUCAAUGGGCACUGCAUUACGCGGUCGCAAAUUUCUCUGGUGUAUGGGAGUGGGACAAGCUCCCUCCUCCUGCGCAGCGUCUGGAAAAUCCUCAGGUUUGAAUGUUUCCCCACAAAGCAACUUCUGCACCAAAGAAGUUACUUGCCUAUCUUCAUUCUGGUCCAGCAACAUCAGCCGUUCCUCAUCAGGAAUCACGGUGAAGUGGACAGAGAGCUGUAGACAUGCAAAAAGCAAUGGAAGACACGUUAACACCAAAAGCCGUAACCGUUUUACUUCACUGUAUUUGCAUCCGCUGUAUUUAAAACAAAGGGAAAACAAACUUACGUCUGGGUCUUCUUCGACAGCGACUAUUUCGUUGACUAUGAGAAUAGUCGACGGCGAAGAGCAAGCUCCGGGGGAAUCAAUGAAAGUUGCGGUGUUCCCUGCGUCGGGAAUUUUCUCCAAUAGCAGAGGCACAACAUCAAAUAAGAACAACUGCAGAGCAAGUGGAAACCCAUAGCAAACUGUUGUCUUUUGCGAUAGCCGAUCACGCAUCACUUGCAGUGAGUUCGAACGUGGUGCGACAACAAGGGGAGGCAGGAAACGCGGCACGGUCGUCAAGAACGACUCUCGACCCCACGGAUACGCCAAAAAGCUCUCAACGUCUGACAGCAUCUCAACGUACCUGGGCGUUAGUUUAAGAUCUUUGCUACUGGGGCAGAGAACACCAUCAACCAACGCGAUCAGAGCCAAAGGGAGCCGUUUCUCCACAGCUAGAUAUUUAUUUCCCAACAUGCACAGUACACUCAGGACUGUUAUCUUACCGACAGCCGUAUUAAAGAGCUUGUUCCACAUCGUCGGAGGAACAGAUUCAGAUGCUUCCGAAUCCUGAACAUCGAAAGCUCCGCAGUUCAAACCUACAACAUCUCGGAAUUCAUCCAGCGAGAAACGGAGUGGAUGGGGCCCGAAGGUGAACCAGAACUCGUGUCUGCGAGCAGUAACUAGCUGUCGGCUGAGGAGGCAGCCGAUGAGCUUCGUAGAGUUCUGGCAGCGUACAAUGGGAAGCUCAAACAGCCCCCAAAACUGGGAAGCCAUCAAAGUGUCCAUCGCAUCAGUCCCCUUUAGAGCAGCAGCAACAGAACCGAUGACGUGUGAUUUUGAGUAGAUGUUUACUCGCAACUUUGUCGGGUAUGCACCAUAUGCGAACAGUCUCCGGGGCAACACAGAUGAGGGCACCCCAUCAGAGAAUUGUCCCCCUGAGGAAUCACCACCAUCGGGGCCGUCCUCAGAUCCAGAAUCUACAAAUCGAACAAAAAUCGAUAACUCAAAUAAAUGGCUUCAAACACAAAACGGUGUCGACUAAUCAAGAGACAAUAGCUUUUCACAGCGAGGACCUAAAACCAUUACUAAAGAAUCUCUCCGAUGACAUGCAAAGACGGAAUCCACAUGAACGAAGGUGGACGAAACACAUACCCGGAUAGCGCUGCUGUUUCGCAGGAGGGCACUCCGGGAGCUCCUCGCCAGCUGAUCUGCUCCGACGACGAACGGUUGUCUCACUUUGCUUGGACUUCGUCAUCACUGCAGGCGUCGUCUGGGGUCUAAUUAUCGCCGGGGAAGAUUCUCCAACGGCUGCGACAGGCUAGGGAAUACAGGUGGAUCUAGGUCGAAAGUCGAACAGUCCUCUCAGUUUUUCAUAGUAAAAGAAUUUACCAGAAGGCCGUUUACCGCCCAGUGUAGGUAAGACGACGAAGUAAAUGAUUUCCCGAAAAACUCGACGAAAAUCUCACGUGCGAGAGGGGAGUGGCACUUCCGAUAUUCGACAGCUGGAGAAAGGAUCGUUUUGUCUUUUGCUUUCAAGUUGCAAUGGGUCACAAAUACACGCGACCCAUUUGCCGAAUAAAAAAUUCGUGCGGCCCAAAGUCCGAAUUACAAACUUGAAAGUGACCCACUUUGCCAAUAAAUUCCUCUGUUAUUACAGUCCCAACUCUGUUUCGUGUCUGUCAUCGUGUCGUUAGACUUGAAAGCUUUUGUCUCUCUUUGUAAUGCUUGCCGGACACAUAUGUCUACAGUUUUGCCAUCAUGAAGAUCGAAUACACUAAAUCAUCGGAUGUAGGAUAAACUCAAACUCAAAACGCGCCACCUCUCCAGAAAAAUCAUCAAAUCUUCUCUGUUCAUGAUACAUAGCUUUUAAAAAAACGGUAUGAAGAGUAGACAUAAAAGACUUUUUUUGUGUGUUCGUUUUUUGAUACUUAAAAAUUAACGAUAUCAACCCGCAGAAAGAAUACAAUAGUUAUGAGUACAUAUUGUUUCAUCUACUAACUUCAAUUAUCAUGUUUUUCUUUACAUAGAGAGUAAUCCCAAACAUCUUCAUCCAGAAUCUGUUCCUUCUUAGUGAUUGGUGAUUUUGUUUCUUGAUACUUUAAAUUACCAUAAUAUCUCACUAAGCUAACUUCUGCGGCUUCUUGUCAGUUUGGACGCAUAGACUUCACAAAGGUAGGUAUUACUCUGUCCCAGUACCAGCUCCAACUUCUGAAUAAUGAUUGAAAUUCUCAACCACAUUCUGAAAGCAACACCAAUCCAAGUUUAUAAAUGAUACAUACUUACAUAGUCCUAUUUGAACUAUCAAAUUAUUCUCUCUUAUAGACACAAUUUGAAAAGCUCACUCUGAAUCCUCUGAUAGCAUGAACAACUGAAAUGGUUCCAUAUCUCAAUGAGUAUAACUGAUUUAAAAGAAGUUACAGCUGUUCAUAGGUUUACGCAAAACAAAGAAAAACCAGCGGAAUGUUUGUGGUAAUUUAAAGUUCUCAAAACAAAACAGAAAACUACACAAGUAAUGUGGUAAUCCAAAUAAUUUCUCUUUCCAGUAAGCUAGAGAAUAUUUUUAUACUCGUCUGUGAUGCAGUGAGAGUGGGAACAUUGAACCUAACCAAAUCACGGAACUCGUUUCAGUAUGUUUCCCCCAUACUUCUCAUCCAGCUUUCAAGGUUUUGGUCACCUUAACCGACCAUAACCUGUAAGAAACCAAAACACAUUGAACAUGUCGAUAAAAAACAUGUCUUUCACUUCUGAAAAUAAUAUCGAAACACAAGUAUCUGUUUGGGGCUUUAAAAAUGUGCCAAAACAGCAACUAAAGAAGAGGGUAAUAAUACGGAAUAGCGAUCACAUAUACUUGGGAUACAAUCAA